ACGACCACGAUAUCGACAAUGAAAGAUGUCAUUGGCGAUAUAUCGAUAUAAAAACAACAAUUUAUAUUAUAUAGCUGUUGUUUGUGGGUGGCGCUGGUUGUGUCCUACAGAAAUAUGGCGGAUAAACGAAAAUACAAGCGAUCGAAAGAGGAAAUUGCCCGUGAAUUUGAUCUGCCCGAGCGCAAAUCCAAAAUAGCAACAAUACUUAAACAAGAUGACCAGGCCUACUGCAUAUGCCGCACAUCGGAUUGCUCGAGAUUCAUGAUCGGCUGCGAUGGCUGCGAGGAAUGGUAUCAUGGCGACUGCAUUGGAAUCACCGAAAAGGAGGCUAAGCACAUUAAGCAAUAUUACUGUCGUCGAUGCAAGAAAGAGAACCCCGAUCUGCAGACCAUAUUCCGUUUGGUUGCCACCGAACGUGCGGCGGCAACUGCUGCUGCAUCAACAUCUAACGUCAGUUAUGGCGCCACAAAUAUAUCUGGACAAUCUGCUGGUGGAUCUGCGGCAAGCACCAGCGGCACUGCAGGUGCAGCUUCUGGUCGCAAAAACAAUAGCGCUGCUAAGGAAACAAAGGCUGGUAGACGCUGUGGCACAUGUGAAGGUUGCCGGCGACCCAAUUGUAAUCAGUGCGAUGCCUGUCGCACACGCGUUGGCCAUAAACCACGCUGUAUUUACCGAAAUUGUGUGAUGCAGGCGGGGCAUCAAGCUAAUCCAGCACCAGCAACCACUGGACGCAAGCGUGAAAAGAGUAAUGCCGUACAGCAACAGCAGCGCAAAAACAAAGUCGUCCGCUCCGACAGUCCGGAGAUCUUUGUGCAUCCAGAGCUUGAAGGCUUGCGACAAUGUCAUGGACCUGGCUGUCGUUGUCAGGCCCGACCACAAAGUAAAUACUGCAGUGACAAGUGCGGCUUCAAUCUCGCAACGAAUCGUAUAUUCCAGGUGUUGCCACAACGUUUGCAGGAAUGGAAUUUAACGCCAUGUCAUGCGGCAGAAGAGAAUCGCGAGCAGCUCGAGGUGAUACGACAGAAACAAUCAAUGGUGCGUUUCGCGCUAGCCGAGCUGGAGAAGCGAGCAGAAGAGCUAAACAUGGUUGUGGAUCGGGCCAAGCGGAGCUCCAUAGACACACAGCGGCCGCAGGACAAUGGCGACGUCGAGGAUGAACAGAGCAUGUACUGCAUCACAUGUGGCCAUGAGAUACAUUCCCGCACCGCCAUCAAGCACAUGGAGAAGUGCUUUAACAAAUACGAAUCGCAGGCCAGUUUCGGAAGUAUCUUUCAGACCCGCAUGGAGGGCAACAAUAUGUUCUGUGACUUUUAUAAUCCGGCCAGCAAAACGUAUUGCAAACGCUUGCGCGUUCUUUGCCCGGAGCACAGCAAGGAUCCCAAAGUCAACGAUACGGAUGUGUGCGGUGCGCCGCUCGUUAACAAUGUUUUCAAUCCCACCGGUGAAUUCUGUCGUGCGCCCAAAAAGAAUUGCUUUAAGCACUAUGCCUGGGAGAAGAUACGAAGGGCCGAAAUCGAUUUGGAGCGCGUGCGUCAAUGGUUGAAAAUGGAUGACCUAAUGGAGCAGGAGCGCCUAUUGCGACAGCAGCUCAGCUCGAGAGCCAAUUUGCUGGGCCUCAUGUUGCAUUCCACCUACAACCACGAGGUCAUGGACGAGCUGGUGCGGAAGCAGCAGGAGCAUUUUGCCGAACUCGAGAAGCAGAAGCGACGACAGGUUCAUUAUCAGCAGCUACAACAGCAGCAGCCGCAAUUGCAAUCCCAGCAGCAGCUACAGCAGCAACAGCUACCUCCACUGCAGCAGCAGCAGCAUCAACAGCAACAGCAACAGCAACAGCAACAGGAGCAGCAGCAGCAACAGCAUCAAUUGCGAGGACAACCGCAGUUAACGGAUAGGCAGCGUGAGGCGCAGCAAAAUCACCCUCAUCACAUGCGAAUACGGAAGAGCGAGACACUUCAGAGGCCGUUGAUCAAGGAGAAGCAUAAGGAAAAGAACAAGGAGAAGGAGAAGGAGAAGGACAAGGAGAAGGACAAGGAGAAGGAGAAGGAGAAGGAGAAGCUAAUGGCCGAACGGCAAUCGAACGCUCAGGAGCGACGCAUACACGAGCUCGAUCAGAAUGUGGAGCGUUACUUUGAAGUGCGCAAGCGCCUGGGCAAGGGCGCCUACGGCAUCGUAUGGAAAGCCACAGACAAGCGGCAAAAGGAUACCGUGGCGCUCAAAAAGAUCUACGACGCCUUCCGAGAUGAAACCGAUGCACAGCGCACCUAUCGCGAGGUCGUCUUUUUGCGCGCCUUUCGCCACCAUCCCAACAUCAUUCGCAUGUUGGACAUAUUCAAAGCGGCAAACAAUUUGGACUUCUAUUUGGUUUUUGAGUUCAUGGACAGUGAUCUGCACAAUGUUAUCAAAAAGGGGGACGUCCUUAAGGACAUACACAAGCGCUUUGUCAUGUAUCAGCUAAUAAAUGCGAUCAAGUAUAUGCACUCCGGCAAUGUCAUCCACAGGGAUCUCAAGCCUAGCAACAUUCUGAUCGAUAGCAAAUGCAGGCUUAAAGUAGCUGACUUUGGUCUUGCGCGCACUUUGUGUUCGAAGCGCCGCAGCAACGUGGACUUCGAAUGUAAAGAAGAGCUGGAUAACGAGGCGAUGCUGACGGAUUAUGUGGCAACCCGCUGGUAUCGGGCACCCGAAAUACUGGUGGCCAGUCGCAAGUAUACGAAGGGCAUUGACAUGUGGAGUCUGGGCUGCAUACUGGGCGAGAUGAUACGCCAGAAGCCGCUCUUCCAGGGCACCAGUACCAUCAAUCAGAUUGAGAAGAUAGUGAACGCGCUGCCGGAUGUGACGGAUCGCGAUAUCGAGUCGAUUGGUGCCAGCUUUGGCUCGGUGCUGCUCAGCAAGAAGAUAGUGCGGGAUCGCCGGCACUCACUGGACGAGAUGCUGCGCAAUUGCUGUGACGAUGCCAUGUCGUUGGUGAAGUCGCUGCUGGUGCUCGAUCCGGAUGGCCGGCUGACUGCCAAGGAGGCAAUCGCGCACUCCUAUGUGCAUCGCUUUCGCACCUCCUCGGCGAACAUGGAGCUGCGCACGGACAUCAAGCCGCCGCUCGACGACGAUGUGCGCUACGGCGUCGAUGAAUACCGCUCCACGCUCUACGAGAUGAUUGCGCCCGACAUGCGCUCCAGCGCACGGCACUCGAGCAACAUACAAACGACUCCCACUAGCUCCGACAUGCAGUCGAGCAUGACCACACGCGUCACCCGGUCUGUCUCCAAAACCAGGCCAUCCGCAAACAAUUUCCAUGCCGCUGGGCACUUGGAGAUGCCCGCACAGCCGAUCUCCGCGCUGACCAAGGCCUGGGUGGAGGAGCAGCGGAAGCAGCGCCAGUUGCAGAACCAACAGCACUAUCAGCAGAGGCACCAGCAUCAGCACCAGCACCAACAUCAAAACCAGCACCCGCACCCGCAUCCGCAUGCGCAUGCGCAUCUGCAUCUGCAUCACCAUCCUCCGCAGCAGCAGCAGCAGCAGCAGCAGCACCAU